AUUUUGGUCUCUCCCAAAAGGUUUUUUUUUUCUUUCGAUUCCAGCAAUUAGGGCGAACGCGAAAUCUGGGUUUUGUAAUCUGAGCGAUGGCGACUACAGGAAAUGCAGCAGUUGCGACGGGAACGUCGACGGUGAAGAGAAAGCCAGUGUUUGUGAAGGUGGAACAGCUAAAGCCUGGAACGACUGGUCACACGUUGACUGUUAAGGUCAUUGAUGCUAGUACCGUGGUUCCUGUUACCCGUAAGCCUCGUACUGCGAAUUCUCUGAGUAGGCCGUCUCAGCCCAGUCGAAUCGUUGAGUGUCUCAUCGGAGACGAAACUGGAUGUAUCCUCUUCACUGCUCGUAACGACCAAGUUGAUCUUAUGAAGCCAGGGGCAACGGUGAUUCUGCGCAAUUCAAGGAUAGACAUGUUCAAGGGUACAAUGAGGCUAGGAGUGGAUAAAUGGGGGCGCAUCGAAGUCACUGAACCGGCGUCUUUCACAGUCAAGGAGGAUAACAAUCUGUCUCUUGUUGAGUAUGAACUGAUCAAUGUUGGUGAUCAGUGAUCUUUUUAGUCUGUUUAUGGAAGUUUAACCCCUGAGUGUGUUGGGUUCUGAUUUUUCUACCGUGAAGGUCUUUGAUUUAGAUUAUGAAGAUUGUAUGACUGGUCCAGAGAUGCUUGUAGGAAUGCUUCCUUUUUUUUACCCUAAAAUAUGCGGUCAGGAUCUUGCUCUGGAAAACUAUUUGAGUCUACGGUAUUGUGAUUGUUUCUUUUAAUUUGUGUUGAUGUAAGUUAAAAGACCACUGUGAGCUAGUUCACUAUUUAAUACAGUAAAAUAAGAUUUUUCAUUCCCAAA